AUGAUACGCCGGAUGCCUCAUGCCACUGGCUUAGUGCACACUCUUCCUACAGCUGCUCGCUUUUCCUCACGAAGAUCCACCCCCACUGCAAGAUCCACCUCGACAACACACUUUGGAUUCCAGCAGGUGCCUGUGGAGGACAAGGAGCGUAUGGUGGCGUCUGUAUUCCACAGUGUAUCUGAGCAAUACGACAUCAUGAACGACUUUAUGAGUGGUGGUAUGCACCGCCUUUGGAAAGACGCAUUUGUAGAUGCGCUUCACCCUAUGGGCCCCAUAAAGUGUCUGGAUGUGGCAGGCGGCACUGGUGAUAUUGCAUUUCGUAUCGCUGAUCGAAUUCUUCAAUCGCCCCAAGGCACUAAAGGUUCUGAGAUCACAGUGUGCGACAUAAAUUCUUCUAUGCUCCAAGUAGGCAAGGAACGCGCGGCAAAACUGUUGCCCAACGUGGACCAAUCGCUUUUUCGGUGGAUUGAGGGCAACGCUGAGAACUUGGAUUUCGAAGACCACACAUUUGACGUGUAUACCAUUGUAUUUGGAAUCCGAAAUGUCACUCAUGUGGACCGUGCCAUCCAAGAGGCCUAUCGUGUGCUUAAACCCGGAGGCCGUUUCAUGUGUAUGGAAUUCAGCCAAGUUCCCAAUUCGAUCAUUCGUCAAAUUUACGAUGCGUAUUCAUUUAAUGUGAUACCGCUAUUAGGCGAAAAAGUCGCGAAUGACCGUUUGUCGUACCAAUACCUAGUCGAAAGUAUACGUCAAUUUCCGCCACAGGAAAAGUUUAAGGCCAUGAUUGAGGACGCGGGGUUCAAGCGUGUGACGUAUACGAACUUCACGUUUGGUGUAACAGCAAUGCAUUCGGGUUUUAAGUUCUGA